GUGUGUGUGUGCGUGUGCUUGUGCGCGCGUCCGUCCGUGUGUGUGUGUAGCAUGAUGGCCGCCGCUCAGGACUCUCCCGUGUAUCUGGGCUUUGACUUCAGCACGCAGCAGCUGAAGGUGGUGGCCAUCGAUGAAAACCUGAAUGUGGUUCACCAGAACAAUGUGCAGUUUGACUCGGAGCUACCUGAGUUCAGGACUCAGGGAGGAGUUCAUAUUCAUGGUGACAGACUGACGGUCACAUCACCUGUUCUGAUGUGGGUCAAGGCUCUGGACCUGCUAUUGGACAAGGCGAAGAGGGCGGGGCUUGACUUCUCCCGUGUCAGAGCGUUGUCAGGCAGCGGCCAGCAACAUGGCAGUGUGUACUGGCGGAGAGGAGCGUCUGAGACUCUGCAGAAUCUGGACCCGGACCAGAACCUGCACCAGCUGCUGCAGGGCAGCUUCUCGCUGGGGGACUGUCCCGUGUGGAUGGACUCCAGCAGCUCUCAGCAGUGUCAGGACCUGCAGGCAGCAGCAGGGGGCGCUCUGAGACUGGCAGACAUCACGGGAUCCAGAGCAUACGAGCGUUUCACAGGAAACCAGAUCGCCAAACUGCGACAGACCCGACCAGACGAGUUCCAGGACACUGAGAGGAUCUCAUUGGUCAGCAGCUUUGCCGCCUCUCUCUUCCUCGGUGGUUACGCUGCCAUCGACUACAGUGACGGGUCGGGGAUGAAUCUGUUGGACAUACGGAGCAGGAGCUGGUCUGAGAUCUGCCUGGAAGCCACCGCUCCACAUCUGGACCGGCUGCUGGGAGCGCCGCUGCCCUCCACAUCUGUACUGGGUCCCGUCUCCUCCUACUUUGUACGUCGACACGGUUUCUCCGAGAGCUGCCGAGUGGCGGCGUUCACCGGAGACAACCCCGCGUCUCUGGCAGGAAUGAGGCUGCAGCCAGGAGACAUCGCUGUGAGUCUGGGUACCAGUGACACGGUCUUCCUGUGGAUCCAGCAGCCUCGCCCGGCGCUGGAGGGUCACGUCUUCUGUAACCCCGUGGACUGGCGAGCGUUCAUGGCUCUGCUCUGCUUUAAGAACGGUUCUCUGACGAGGGAACGAAUCAGGAACGAGUGUGCUGGAGGAUCAUGGGAACUUUUCUCCGCCGCCUUGAGAGACACGCCGCUCGGGAACAACGGAAACAUCGGCUUUUAUUUUGACAGUAUGGAGAUCACACCUCCUGCAGUCGGAGUUCACCGCUUCGACUCAGACGACAACAAGGUGUCCUCUCUGAGUCCCGUGGAGGAGGUCCGGGCGCUGCUGGAGGGUCAGUUUCUGUCCCGGAGACUCCACGCUGAGAGGCUCGGAUACUCCAUCAUUCCAGGAACCAGAGUUUUGGCAACCGGAGGAGCUUCAUCCAAUCAGGAGAUUCUGCAGGUUCUGUCUGAUGUAUUCAACGCUCCGGUUUACACCAUCGACGUCUCCAACUCCGCCUGCCUGGGGUCAGGCUACAGAGCUCUGCACGCCCUUGUCGCAGAAUCUGGAGCGUCCUUCUUUGAUGUCGUGAAGAAAGCACCGGAACCACAACUGGUCGCCACCCCGCAUCCUACAGCACAGGAGGUGUACGGCCGGAUGUUAAAGCGAUUUGCCCGAUUGGAGGAGAGAGUCCUGCAGGAGCCCCGCCCCCUGAGCCGCAGCAACCAAUCAGUGUAACAGACAUUAAGAGACCAGUUUUACUCAGAAACUACUACAUUUACAGUCCUCUUCUCCUGAUUUUUUAUUCGUAAUAGAUUAAAUCAGAUUAUGUCAGUGUACUUUUUAGGAAUACACAUCAAAAUUAGGAUUUAACUGACAAUCUAAUCGGCCACCAAAUGAAUGUAAAAUAACACAAAGAUUUAAUUAAUCCACUUAAAUUAAAAGCAGACACAAACACAAGAUCAUUUCUUCAAAAAGCUCCUGAUUAAUGUUGUUUUCUCUGUGGAAACUUUCAGGAAUCACAUGUUGUGACCUCCCAAGGAUUAAAGUUACUGAGGAAAUAAAAUACUUUGAAAAACA